CCAAGACCACGACAAGCCAUGGAAAUGCACAGAUCUUCCAUCGCACAGGUCCUUCACAGGGCUGCAGUGUGUGUGUUCUGGUGUCUCACCCUUUUCUGGUUAGCCUCGGGGGUUCUGGAGUGUAACUUCAGCCCCCUGCAGGACAGAGGCAAACCCUCCAUCAACUCCACCACUCAAUGCCUGUCGGACCAGCGCUGCUUCGCAGCCAGGGGGCGCUAUGGCGGUGUGCAUGUGCUCUCCUCUCAGGGAUGCGUGGCGCGGCAGUACUGCGGCUCGUUCAAGAUGGUCACGUACCGAGUCAUCAGCAUCAAUCUCACCUUCACCUGCUGCUGUAGAGAACGCUGCAACCAGCCGCCCAGCCCGGAGACGGCGGUUGUGAAGCUGCUUGGGGUCACCCUAGGCCCAGUGGAGGCCAGCACCACCCCCACCCCUGACCUCUGCUCUGAGAAGACCACCUCUCCGACAUCGGAUGGUGUAUAAGGAGGUGCCCUGGACUGUUUUAUAUGGAUGACAAUCAUAUGGGAAAGUGUCCAUUUACCACUGACUCUUUUUCCCUGUCCAGAAAAAAAACUGUAAAGAGUCUCUGAAGGAGGUGUGUGUGUGUGUGUGUGUGUGUGUGUGUGUGUGUGUUUCUCUGGAGCACAGGAGCUGGAGAGUGCAUCUGGCAUGUAACUCUCCUGGGUCCUCCGAACAUGUUCUGCAGCCAGGAGCUUUAAACCCUGCUAAUAAAAAACACUUGUUUGAA